CCCAUCGCGUCUCCCAAGCCCAAAUCGCGAACGAAUCUUUUUUUUUUUUUUUUUGCUCAAUCCACGCCGGGGUUUGUCGUUCCAUCUGAUCGACCUCGCCGUGACCGCCGGGUCCUAUCUCAGGCAGAGAUGGGGAACUGUCUCCAAAGGUCGCGUCGCAGCGGCGGCGGCGAGCAUUGCGCCAAGAAGAGAGCCGUAGUGUGGGUGGAGGAGAAGGUGGCGGAGAACGAGGAGGCGGCGCGCAAGGGCGAGAGAGGGCCGGCGGCGACGGAGGUGAAGAUCAGGAUCACGAGGAAACAGCUGGAGGAGCUGCUGCGGCGCGUCGACCACGGGAAGCAGGGCGGCGUGCCGGUGCGGGAGGUCAUCUCGGAGCUCCUGUGCGUGGCGAGCACCAGCUCCAACUUCCGGCACAGGGGGGAGGGGCAGUGGAGGCCGUCGACGCAGAGCAUACCCGAGUGAAAUAUGGUCGAAUUCAUGCUACUUGUUGGCAUGUUCAUCGACGAUCUGGUUGUUAUGGCUAUGGGAGGAAGGAGACGAGCCUCCUAGUCGUCCAUCAUGUGUUCAUCUUGUGUUCAUACUACCAUUAUAGUAUGUGUAGGAUGUAUAUUUGGUAGGUAUGGGAUCAAGAAUGGAGCUUGAGAUAGGCUAUAUAUUUAGAGUAACUAAAAUUUGUGCUUAGUUUAGUAAGGUGUAGAAGGCUAUAUAUGGUGUAUGUGAAAUGGACAUCUGGUAGCUGGUUCCAUUGCUUCUUGCAUUUGAUUUUGGA